UACAAGCACACGUCUUUCAGAAGCUAGUACAACGCAUCGUGUUGGUGUUUAUUGUGGUCCGUUGUCAGCCAGGUUUUAAAUCCCGAACGCCCUCCAAAAUCUCCAGUUCUAUAACGGACUCAAUCGGACGGGCGUGUUGCACCGGCACUUGUUUUCGAACGUCGCGUGUUCUAAAAUUUAAAUUCAAAAUGCAAACACCACAACUAGAUGAUGAACAAAUGGGAAUGCUCCGACGGGCCUUCAGCAUGUUUGACUCGAGCAAACAAGGCCGCAUCGAAAAGGAAAAAGUACGCACCAUCCUCAACACUAUGGUGCACAGUUAUGAUGACCAGCGGCUCGACCAAAUGCUGGAGUCGGAGGACGUUGAUGGAAGCGGCAAGUUAAACUUCGACUCAUUCGUGCGAGUUGCCACACACUUCCUCGACGAAGACGAUGAGGCGUUGCAGAAGGAGCUAAAGGAGGCAUUCAGGCUGUAUGACAAAGAAGGAAACGGCUACAUCCCUACAUCGAGCCUACGCGAAAUCCUGGCAGCACUUGACGACCAGCUCACCCCCGACCAGCUGAACGAGAUGAUCGCCGAAAUUGACACUGAUGACUCUGGAACUGUGGACUUUGAUGAGUUCAUGGAGAUGAUGACCGGCGAUUAGACGG